AUGCUGUUUAACCUGGGAUUGACAGCGGAUGCGGCAGCAGCCCACGAAAACGACGCCCACCAACCUGAAUCGCGACCCGUGCGCCAUUCCUCCCCUCCGACCAUCCCCUUUGCACUGCCGUCCUUGAGGCUGGGCAACCGGAACGGCGGGCCCAAGGGUGCCCAGGCCGAUCCAUCUCCAUCUCACCAGGGCUCGCGCGCGGCCAUGUCUAGGGAUGCGGAAGAACCGGGAUCAAGCGACGGGGAGUAUUCGACUGUCGGACCCGCCCCCGGUCGCCCGCGGAUCUCCCGUGCUCAAUCAGUUAGGAAACAAUCGUCGCGACCGAAGACGUCCUAUCAGCUGGCCCAUCCGGCCAGCCAUGCGCGCCACCGACGCUUAAACUUUCGACCCAAGCUGGUGUUGCAGCUUCAACGACUGUCGCAGACGCCGCGCCCCUUGCCGGUCCUCGACGUCUUGCCGUCCACCGUAUACCUGCCCCGACUGGCGCGCAAAUUCCCCACGAUCUUCCGAGGCAAGAAAGGGCUGGGCCCGAAUGACCUGAUCGUCGUCACCAGCGACCUGUACGAGCGCGCGGGUGGAGACAUUGGCGACAAGUAUUUGAGCUCGGACGACGAGAACGGGGAGCAUCGAGAGGUGGUCGCGACGAUCUGCCAGCUCCUCAAGGAAGAUGCGCUGGCGAAGGGCAAGGCCGAGAUCUGCUUGAAUCACGGGCCGGUGUGGGAGGCGACUCCGCUUCCCAACGGAUCCUACGAAUUUGUCGCCGAAACGGAUCACGGCGUGCAGACCCUGCGAUGGGUGCUGCGCGGAGGGAAAAACCGGCGCGUUUCGGCUCCUCCGGGGUCGACACUCCAGGAGGACUCGCGACGGUUCACGUUCAGUGUCAUUGACCCCAGCACCCGUCGGCAUCCGGUCAUCGCAACCAUGACGCGGAACCACCUCGAAGUUUUUGACGAGUAUUCGAUGCCUACCUCGGGAUUCGCGUCGCCAACAUCCGGUAUGUCGGUCAUCAGCGAUUCCUCCGAACUGGACGCCCCCCUGGAUCGACCGCUCGAUCGAAGGGUGAUCGUGACCGACGACAAUCUGCGCACGUUGAUCAUCAUCACGAGUAUUUGGGUGGCAUUCAGGGAGGGCUGGUCGCAUAACUUCAACUACAAGGACACCGCCCUGGCUCUCAACCCUAAAAACCUGUGCUCGUCCCGUCAGACUUCCCCGACCGCCACCAAGGCCGAAGAGGUCCACCCGGAUGGACCGUAUUCCAGCCCCAAACAUCGCAUGUCCGGCUCGCAUGCCUUACCUCCUCGGAGCAUCACCCCUUCUGAUCGGACUUUUGCAUACGGCAGCUUAUCCAAGCGCUCCAACUCGACCGGCGCCGCCUUUAUUGAACGCUCGAACAGACGUACCUCUAGUGCCACGGUUCGACCCAGUCGACAUAGUCUGCUCUCGAACCAUCGCGAAUCAGCAGCUCCCGGUGAAGCCACCGAAGCCAACGCCCUCCAGGAAAAUCCGGCGAGCCGCGUGAGGCAGAGCGUUGAGAAAGGGAGGCGUUUUACGGCUCCUAGCAGAUCCCCCGACCCGCCCCAUGGCACACGGCAGCUAGACGCUUCUCAUGAAAAGCCGGCCAAAUUGCCGCAUCCAAGUGCAGAGCCGGCGCCCACCAAAGGGAAACGCCGGCAUCGGUUCAGCAGUAUAUUUGACUUUCUUACCCGGAAGAGCGGCGCUCACUGA